AUGGAUUCAUACAAACAGUAUCUCCUCCUCCUCCUCCAAUUGGUCAUCCUUUCCGUCUCAGUAAUCUCCGCCGACGCCAGGCCCUGCAAAACGGUCUUCAUCUCAUCCUACUCUUUCUCCUUCAAGCAAAACCCUUCCUCCUCUGGUGUCCUCACCGUCGUAACCGAGAUCAGCCGCUUCAACCCCAGUACCACGUUCGAUCGAGCAUUCCCCUCCGAUGUCUUCAUCUUUCCGGCCGAGGAUGAGGUGCGGGAUGACAUGGCGUUCGGGUUGGGGUUGAAGAAGUCUUUGUCCUCCUCCUACGACUUCAGCUCGCUCCGGGACCGCACCAAGGAUAUACUGAGCGUGGUGCUGGCUCUACUCUUCGGCGUCGGCUGUGGGGCCCUCACGUCCGCCACCUUGUACCUGGCAUGGUACCUCUUCUCCAACCGCUUCUACGACCUCCGCUACGGCUCUCCCUAUUCUGUCGAAAACGACCACCACGAAGACAAUGAGUUCAGCCCCAAGAAGAUGGGAUACGUGAAGAUUCCGGCGGCUGAUUCUGUGCCCGCACCCGCACCCGCACCCGCACCCGCACCCGCAUCCGCAUCCGCCCCUGCCUCGGCCAAGCAAGUGGCAUGA